UUAGCUUGCGUUUACCUACCAUCUCAGCGGGUCAGUUAGGCGCGCGCUUUCAAGCUGCCAGCAGUAGUGAACACACAACUCUUGUCAUCGCAUCCCUCUCUUUAAGAACGUGUAAUCGAAAAAACAAAAAGAAAAAAAAAGAAAAGAUACAACAGAAAAAAGAGCUGAUAUUUUUUUUUGUCUUUUUAAAUUUUAAACGAACACUCGCUGUGAUAUUGUUUUCAAUAUUAUUUUUUUAAACACAAUUUUGUCUUUUGCUAUUGCUACUUCUUUUUCUGUAUUUUUCUUCUUUUUUUUUUUUUUUAAGUAACGUAUUAUUUCGCACGAAAUCUUCAUUUCAUGAGUUUCCUUACGACGACGAUCACUUCUUAGUGUUACAUUCCAAUCGAGGAACAGGAAAGAAGAUAGUCCUCUCAUUUGCAUCUCCUUUGGAGAAACUUCGAGAUGUGGAUCAUCGUGGUAGUUGCUCUGACGUAUUUAUCGUCGUUCGCGAAAGCUAUACCAAAUUAUUCUGGACUACCCCCUGGUCCAUAUUGUGCUACGAGAUAUCCGGCAUAUAGAUGUUGUCAAGGAAGACAAGAUGACUGCAGUGCACCGAUCUUAGAGACAACAUGUUAUUGCGACGAUUUUUGUGACCGAACAAGAGAAGAAGAUUGUUGUCCAGAUUAUUAUUCCCAUUGCAAAGGCAUAACGGAAGCUCCACCGGAAGAGAUCAGACUUUGCUGGUACGAUGGAAGGAUUUACAAUCACAGCCAGGUCUUCACGGUAAACUGCAAUCAAUGUAAAUGCUCACUGUUAGGCAGAAGCGCAGAAGUUCUCUGCGAAGAGAAUCGAUGCCUGAUCGAGCCAGAUUUUGUAAAGGAACUCGAUUUAGAGAGCAACACGUUAGGAUGGACUCCUGGAAAUUAUUCGAAAUUUUGGGGAAAGACCCUUCAAGAAGGAAUACGAUAUCGAUUGGGUACUCUUAAUCCAUCGCAAUCGAUUUAUAAAAUGAAUCCUGUGCGACGUAUUUACGAUCCCGAAGCACUUCCACGUAGUUUCGAUGCAAAGUCACGUUGGCAACGUAACAUAUCAGAAAUUCACGAUCAAGGAUGGUGCGGAGCAUCUUGGGCAAUAUCAACAGCUGAUGUUGCAUCCGAUAGAUUUGCAAUAAUGAGCAAAGGUGUUGAAAAUGUUGAAUUGAGUGCGCAACAUCUUCUUUCGUGUAAUAAUCGAGGCCAGCAAGGUUGCAACGGUGGAUAUUUGGACCGGGCCUGGUUCUUCAUGAGAAGAUUCGGAUUAGUCGACGAGGAUUGUUAUCCUUGGACCGGUAACCAAAAUCAAUGCAGAUUACAAAAGAGAACAAAUCUUCGUGCAGCUGGAUGUCGAAAUCCACCUUAUCAUCUAAGAAAGGAAUUAUACAAAGUGGGGCCUGCUUAUCGUCUUGGCAAUGAAACAGACAUCAUGCAGGAAAUUUUAACUUCCGGACCUGUGCAAGCAACGAUGAAGGUCUAUCAGGAUUUCUUCACUUAUCAAUCAGGUAUUUAUCGACAUUCUCGAACCGCUGAAAUGUAUGAAUUUGGAUAUCAUUCGGUGAGAAUUAUUGGAUGGGGUGAGGAUUAUCAUCGUGGUGGACUGGUCAAAUAUUGGACCGUAGCUAAUUCUUGGGGUUACGAUUGGGGUGAAAAUGGUCUCUUUAGAAUUCUAAAGGGAACGAACGAAUGUGAGAUAGAAUCUUACGUACUCGGAGUUUGGGCCGAAACUCUAAUAUUAUAAUAUCGAUUAUAAUAUUAAGAGAUAUUACUGACAAUGAGAACCAUGUGACAUUUGAUCAUGAUCACUGAACAAUAUCGGUGCAUUUAUUAUUUCGUCGAAUUAUUAAAUGAUAGAACACAAAAUGAUAGAACUUUUUUUUCUUUCUCUUUGUGAAACGUCUAAUUUGGUAUCAUAUUUUCUCUAAAAAAAAAAAAACAAUGCAAAAUUAUAAACCGCUAUAGUUAAGAUUAUAGCGAUGAAAAUGUAUCAAAGUAUGAAUUUUAACGUUAAGAUCACACAAGUACAAGCAAAACAAUACAGACUACAGGGAUGUGUUCGAAAAAAAAAGAAAUAAAAAAAGAAAAAAAACCAUAAUUCCUUACGUCAAAUAGAUAAUCGUACGUACAAUGUACCAAAUCGAUCACCCCCAACUCAGGUUUACAUCUAUUAUAUGUAAUAUGUAUUUUAAGAAUCAUGAUUAUACGUCAUAUAUAUGUUAUAAUAUAUUAUUAUAUUGUAACAAAAGAUGUACUGCCAAUUUGUAACGAUUUCUAAGGACUGUGCGUGUGUAAAUCGACGGCACGUUUUUGAACGCAUUAUCUUCAAAUAAUUUUGAAGUUUCUGUCCAUUGAAAUCACGCUCAAAAUUAUUUGAUCGACUGCUUGUUCUAUGCCAAUAUUACUUUUACCUUUACUUAUAUUACGAUUAGUUUAAAAAAUUUCACUUUCAUCGUAGUACAUGGGUAAGCUGAAAAGUUUUGAGCCUAACAU